AUGUCUCCUAAAACUAUACUGAAGGAACGUAUAGUCCAACCUCUAGCACUGGUUGUAGAUAUAAAUGAAUGUCUUCAGUAUCCAUGUUUAAAUGAUGGAACCUGUACCAAUGCAUUAGGUUCAUAUUCAUGUCAAUGUACACCCCAAUGGAUUGGUCCACGUUGUGAAAUAGACAUAGAUGAGUGUCUCUCAGUCACAUGCUUAAAUGAAGGUACAUGUAUAAAUGAGAUAGGUGCAUUCCGUUGUGAGUGUCAACCAGGUUUCCAUGGAGACACCUGUGGAAUAGAUAUAAAUGAAUGUCUUCAGUAUCCAUGUUUAAAUUAUGGAACCUGUACCAAUACAUUAGGUUCAUAUACAUGUCAUUGUACACCCCAAUGGAUUGGUCCACGUUGUGAAAUAGAUGUGGAUGAAUGUUCAGAGCAGGGUAUAUGUAAGAAUGGAGGUAUAUGUAUGAACACACUGGGAUCAUAUCUAUGUAACUGUCCUCAACAAUGGACUGGACUACAGUGUGAAAAUGCGGACCCAUGUGCACCAGACAAGGAUUACGUUUCGUUGCCAUAUCCCAGGGACAAGUCGGCGUUUAUCAUUUGCGACCAAGGAUCAGGUUACCUAAAUUUUUGUGACGGAGAUAGAGUGUUUGAUUCUGUACGAAGAAUCU